AUGGCACGGUGCAAGGUGUUGGCUCGAGAGAUCAAGAAGCAGCGUCCUCAUAGAAGGAGUCUCCCGGCAGAAAUACAUCGCUCAUUCCCCGAGCGCUACGUCAUUGAUGAACUAGUCCAGCUUUACUUCGCUACAUACGAAUCAUGCUACCGGAUUCUUCAUCGACCCUCAUUCCAGACUGACUAUGCGAGCUAUGUGGACCAUCUAGAAAAUGCAAAAAGCUCUUUCGUGGUAGAACUUCUUCUAAUCAUGUCCACUGGUGGUGCGCUACACAGCGAUACCAAUAUUCGGCGUGAGAUGGCUGAAAAGAGCAAUUUUUGGCUUGAUGUCGCCCAAAGCUGGCUUUCGGCACCGUUCGAGAAAGAUAGAUUGACAUUAAAGGGUAUUCAGAUAUAUUGUCUGUUGCUUCUUGCCCGUCAGAUAUACCGGAAAGGAGCGGACCUAAUAUGGAUAUCCGUGGGCUCACUAAUGAGGAUGGCAAUGCAAAUGGGGCUGCAUCAAGAUCCCAGUAAUCUGGAGAAUAUGAGCUUUUGGCAGACCGAGAUUCGAAGAAGAUUGUGGUAUACCGUUCUAGAGAUGAACAUUCAGGCAGCCUUGGACUCGGGCAUGAUCCCAAUGAUUAAUGAGAGCGACUACAACACUCUUCCACCUUGCAUGAUUGGGGAUACAGACCUAGAAGCUGUAUCGAACGAGAACUGCACAGACACAGCGUCGGCACGGACCCAAAAGUCGUUCCAGUGCCUCUUGGCCAGAUCUUUCUCUCUCAGACUGAGAGCUGCAAGAAUCAUAAACAGCCUACAGGAAGAGCCAUCCUACGAUGAAGUUUUAAAGCUGGGCAAUGAGCUGGCUGAUACUUGUCGUGCGGCUGUGGAAGAGACCGCUCACAGUAUUUCCGAAGAUCAUCCCGCCCUGGAAAGUCAAUUUGCGUACAGCUUUUGCAGUCAUCUUCUGAACCGAUUCCUCCUGUGCCUUCACUUCAAAUACGCGAUUAAAGCUACACGAAACCCGAUAUAUGCGCACUCACAUAAAGUCUGUCUGGAUGUCGCCCUAGAUCUGGUAUCACUCCUCGAUGAUGAUCUCUACGGCCGGCUCCUCGUCAACGGAGGUGGCAUGUUUCGGGACAUCAUCACACGCGGCGCAUUGAUGAUCCACUUGGAACUUAAUGCAGGCAAGGAGACAAAUAUCUCGAUUUUGGCUAAGAGAAGAGCUCGCGCUCGAAAAGAGCCGUUAUUGAAAGAUGCCCAUCGAGUGGUUCAAUAUGCAAAGGACAGGCUGUGCCAGGGAGAAACGAAUGUGAAGGGUUAUGUAUUUCUUAGAAUGGCAACGGCUCAAACUGAAGCCAUGCUUGACGGCUUACCGGUUGAGCAAGCUAUGAAGGGUGCUGCACUCGAGAGUCUGGAAGAAUGCGAAACCAUUCUGAGUGGUAUGUCGGCCGAUUUGAAUAGAGAUGCUGUGAAUUACUCCGAGGCUUGGGGGUAUGAUGGAGACAUGUCUACGCCGUCUGUUCUAGACGGUAACUUUGAUUUCUUUGCAGACGAGGGGUUCGACUAUGAAGUUUCGGAUCCUUUUCUUUUCCAGAAUUUGGAAGCUUUGUCACGUUUCUAG